CAGGUCGCACGCCCGCUGGCUCCUGUCUCCCGAGAACCACCAGGCGGUGCGCAGCGCGGUGCAGCCAGGCGGCAUGCCGACACGAGCUCUCUUCGAGUCCUGGGACACGACGGGGAACCGCGCGCUCUCCGUCGCCGAGAUCGAGGCUGGGAUCCGGGCGAUGCUCGCGGAGGACGUGGAGCGGCCUGCAAACUGCGCCGUCAUCGCCGUCGCGAAGAAGAUUGUGCGCGAGUUGCCAGAGGGCGCCAGAGUCUCCCUCGCACAGUUCGAGAGACUGGCGGCCGCGGAGGUGGCCGGCAUCGAGCAGUCUAUCGUGCGGCAAAACUCGAACGACCUGCUCGGCAGGGUCGACUCGAGGGACGUGCAGGGCCGCAUCUCCUCCUUCGGGGGCGUCGGGCUGGGCAGCAUAUGACAACCAGAGCAUAUGGCGUGUAUGCCACGAGGGCGAGAUCGCGCGCGCGCUGCUCUCGAUUCCACACACUGCUACCUACACGCACACGUGCAACAUAGCUAGCCCCUGUGGGGCGUGGCGGGGACGACGUCACACCUUCUUUCACGUGUGUGAGCAUGGAGCCAUACAGAGCGUUACUUACGUAAAACGGCGUACACGCUG